CAGCGCGUGCGAACGGGAAGGCAACCUUUUUCCAUGAGGGUUGAGGGUACGAUGAGGAGUUUGUGAAUUUUCUUCAUAAUAUUGGAAUUUGUGCAUUGGAAUGACCAUGAUGUCCAAAGCUGCAAUGGGUAUUGCCGUCGGCAUCGCCGGCAUUUUCGUCGGUUACUGCUUUUAUUUCGAUCAGAAACGCCGCAGCGAUCCUGAUUUUAAGAAGAAACUCCGCGAACGUAGAAAAGCUAAGAAACAAGCACAGAAAUCUUCGUCGAAGAUACCAGAUCUGAGGGAUCACGAAUUGGUACAAAAGUUCUUCUUGCAGGAGGUACAACUUGGUGAGGAAAUGCUUGCUUGUGGUGAGAUAGAUGGUGGAAUUGAGCACUUGGCUAAUGCAGUAGCUGUAUGUGGACAACCUGCUCAACUGUUAACUGUCCUCCAAAAGACUCUACCGCCGCCAAUCUUCCAGAUUUUGGUGCAACGGCUGCCUGUCGUUAGUCAGAGAGUUAUAGCGCAACCUCAAAUGGCGGAAGAAGAUGUCGAAUAGAGACUAAAGACGUAAAAGUUCAUCAAAGAUUCUCGAAUAAAACCUGAAAUUAGUAAAGUUUUCGCAAGUUUACGUUUAUAUAAAUACGUAUAGCUUCUAUUUAAAAAACCCUAUAAUCACAACACAAUUUGUCAUCCUUUGUUAAAUUUCCAUUUUCCUUAGGAAAUGUAUCGUCAACCAUACAUGAUAAAUUCUCAAGUUACGUUACGUUCAGUAACGUAUUACUUAAUUACGUAUUUUCUUGUGCAAGCUUAAAUAAGGACAAUUUUGUAUUUAUUCGUUUAAAUAUAAAUUUUGAUCGAGUAGGGAUUUUGAUAAUUUUUGAACUGAUUUAAUACUUUUGGUACUGCAAUGUGAUUGAAAAACUUCAUGGACUAGGUCACUUUUUUUUAUUUUUAAUAUUGAAAGGAUAGAUUUAUCUUUAUGAAAAAAAUUACUGUCACACAGAUACACUAACUACAUACAGUCACAAGAGAUCAGUGCCUCAUACAUGUGACAUGUAGUAACAAACGUUGUAAAAGAUUAUUUCGAUACCAUAUUGAGAAGUUUAUAUAUAUAUAUAUAUAUAUAUAACCUGCAAAAAUUGCAAUAAUGACUCCUAUAUUAUUAAUGAGUGUAAGGAAAAUGUUUAGUUAACAUAAGGCUAAUAAUAAUAUAAACAAUAUAAAAUCUGUUGCAUAUAUGUGUAGCUGUUGGCACUUGUUGAUUUUAGGUGAUUAGGAUUAUGAAAAAAAAAAAAAAACUAAUUUAUGCCUAUUUAUGUUUAUAGAUUUACACGUGUCCAUAUAUAAUGUUUUUGCUGACAUAUUUUAAACAAAGAUUCCGUUUUUGGUUACUUUAUAACAUUAUAUUCGUUCACGCUGUUUUGUCAUGAAAAUAUCUUCAAAAACUUAUAAAGAAAUUUAACUAGAUUCUCCUAAAUAGAUUAACGUAGCUCUUGUCUGAUGUUUCAAGCAACAUGUACUGUACAUAUAUGUAUUCAGGAAUUAACGACUAUAAAAUGAAAACUAGUAGUAUCUACUACAUGUUUUGAUUAGCUGUGUUCGAUAGAAUGCGCGCUAUCACUCGAUUCGCAAUGUUAACGAGCAUGUACGUUGCUUUACCUCAAUAUAGUAAAUAUGAAAAGGCGAUUUUUCCGCAUACAAUUGCAAUCUAUGGAUCCAAUUAUAAUCUUCGAUAUAAAGUUACGAUAUAGAUACCGAGUGCUGAAUAUUGUAAAGGUAAUACAAGAGCUACUCUGAAAAAUAUAUUCUGGAAGCAUUUACAGACGGCUGGAAGUUAAUUAUGACAAAUCUUGUUGUGCGUAAUUAUAAAAAUGUGAAAAAAUAUAUACAUAUUUUAUAGAUCAAAUAAUCUAUAAUAAUAAUGUCAUUAAAAUGUAUAAAUGCAAUAUUUUAAACAGGUCUAUGUGAAAUGGAUGUGUCAUUUCCAACGGCAUUCGAAUAUAGUGUAUCUAAUUUAUGGUACCUAAAUAAAAUCUUAAAAUAUAUUC